UCGCCGUAUUUCGUGCACGUAUACACCUCUUAUUUUGACAAUAAAGAGAAACAGUUGAAUGCGCGUGAGAAAAUAAAAUCUAAUAUGAUAGAAUAGUCAAAAGCACAAUAUUUCUUCCCAAAAUAAAAGGUACUGUGUAGUGGUAUAUUUACGUCUGCAUUCAUCUCUUCGAACACCUGUCAAAAGAUGUAACACAUAGACAUCACGUAAACAAUAUAAAAUAAUGCUGUUUAUAUUUUUGAUGAAAGCCUUGAGUGUUCAGUAGUAACCAAUCAGUAUACAACUUGAUUGUCCUCGAUCUCUGUUUUGACGCAGAGAUAUUGUUUGUCUACUGCAUAAUAGUGAAUGUGAAUUUUUGCAUAAAGAGAAAAAUUUGCCUUGCAAAUCACUUUAUUGCAAGGUCAAGCAAAUUGUACAUGUUGAGAUCACGGAUUUUGAAAAAAUGUGCUUUUAUGAUGUCAGCGAUGCCAUGUGCUGUGAAUUUUAUGAUUUGACAAACAAUAGGCACGGACAAUGAGAUUUGAAUCAUUAAUAAGUGUCAGUACAUCGUAUGUACUGAGAUGGAUUUGGCAAAGAUUGCAGCAGUAUGGAUUAUAACGUGGAGUUGCCUGAUGCGGGGCCUAAAUUUCGCUCCUCAGGCACCUCCGAGACAAGUUCCUUGCGACAAAACCAGGAAGAUAUUCACAGAAUCCUGGGGAGUCAUCAGCGAUGGUCCCAUGGGUUCAAAUUACACUCAAGACUCGCACUGUGAAUGGCUGAUCAAAGCCAAUACCAGUCGGCAGUUUAUUACAUUAAGUUUUCGGACGAUGGGAACUGAAUGCAGUUACGACUACGUUUUUGUUUAUGACGGAGAUUCUUUUAGAUCUCCAUUAUUAGGCAGCUUUAGUGGUAAAACAGAACCGCAACAAGUUACAUCGUCAUCAGGUUUUAUGUUAAUUUUACUGUACAGUGACACAAAUUAUGUCCUGGAUGGUUUUCAUGCUGAAUUUUCAGUAACCGAUUGUCCUAACAAUUGCACUGAUCAUGGAAAAUGUAUCAAUAAUACGUGCUUCUGUGAAAAUGACUGGGGCGGUAGAGACUGUUCCAAAACAUUGUGUCCAAAUAAUUGUGGCCGAGGAGGAAGUUGUGAUAUUAAACGAUGCCAGUGUCACGAGGGAUAUUCGGGACAGUCAUGUUCCUUGCAUAAAACACAUCCAGAAGGAAAUAGGUGGCAUUGGCUUUCACAUUCAGAGGGCGGUAUGACUCCGCGAGCAGCUCAUACAUCAGUUUACAUCAAUGAGACUGAUUCUUUAUACGUUUUCGGUGGUUAUGAUCUUAAUUUCAUACUUAGCAAUAUGGAAGUAUAUCGCUUUAAUACGAGCAAGUGGGAGAAUGAACUUGGUUCCAUUUUAGAAGGUGCAUCUGCAGCUGAGUACUUGGACCCCAUGCUGCUCGCCAGCGAAUUGGGAGCUGGUGAACAAUACGGCCUUCCGAAGACAUCAAUUAUUUGGAAGGUCUUAAACAAUAUUAAAGCUAAUAGUACGUUAAGGACUUCCAUCGAGGGUCACCGGUGGCGAGAUCACAAAGGCAAUCAAGAUGUUAGAGGGAAAAAUGUCAACAUUCGUCCAGAUAGUAGAGAGGCAGAUGUGAUUCAGAGCGCAAGAAGAACAGAAAGCAACAUUUUGUCGAAGAUAAAACACUCGCGAAGAGUUAGAUCACAUUAUUCACAAUUAUCGUUAAAAAGUUAUCGUCAAACAUUGGAUCCUAAUACUCGAUUUAAGAGGUCUGACAAUAUUACACUGGAGAAGAUCACAGAGGGUUCCUUUGAACAAAAUAUGUUUUAUGAAGAAAUGUUUGACCCUCAGACGACCACCGAAUCAAAUUUCGUGGAUGAUUCGACCGAGCCAAAUUUUCAAGAAAUUCCAAAGCCAAAUCCAAGAUACGGGCAUGCAGCAUGUAAAUAUCAAGGAGGAUUUGUCAUAUAUGGCGGUAAAGUUGAAGAUGGUUUUCUGUCAAACGAACUUUGGCAUUACGAUGUGAGAAAAAAUCUUUGGACCUUACGAGCCAAAAAUUCACCGUUCUAUCCUCCAAGAUUGACGAGACAUACGCUCACUUUAGCCAGUGAUUACAUAUAUCUUUUUGGAGGAAGCACAGUCGAUGGAGAAUUUUCAUCGAGCCUCUAUGCAAUCAAAUUGAAUCUGUCUGACAUAACAGCUAGCACUGAAAGAUGGCAAGAAGUAAGACCUCGUGGAGGGAAGGAAUUAGAUGUGCGAGUUGUGGCGCAUUGCACUGUUUAUCAUCAUGGAACCAAUUCUUUGUUGAUUUAUGGAGGCGUGGUAGCAAGUGUCGCUCGCUUUAGUAAAUUAUCAGACAGAAUGUUUGCGUUUCAACUUGAUAGAAAAGUUUGGUCUGAGAUUCAUUAUCCACGGGCACAUUUACGUGAUACUUAUGUACCCAGGGAACGAGCUUUCCAUACAUGCAAUAUUAUAGGUAAUUACUUGGUGGUUUUUGGCGGAUACUCCCAUCGUCACAAUAAAGAAGAAAUUUGCUAUGAUAAUCAGAUGUACCUCUAUCACUUGGGUUGUCAUGCUUGGGUUAGUCAUGAUGUACUAGGCAUAAAUGACGCAGGUGAGAAUAAUGAAGAAUCUCGGUAUCCAAAGCAACAAGGCGUCUUUGCCCAUGCCGCUGACGUUCGAAAUGGAAAUACAUUAUUGUUGGUUGGUGGCUACCAUGGAAAUGUUAAUGCAGACCUUCUCGCUUAUACGUUGCCGCCGAUGCUUGCACCAGGAGAUCAUGAUUUUAUAGAACCAGAGCAAAUUUGCUUACGACACAAAAGUCUAGUCGAAUGCGCAGCUAAUCCGGAGUGCGGGUGGUGUUCCGCUGAUGAGAUUUGUUAUGGAAGAACAGUCGGUAGUAAUUGUACGACAAACUUACAAACAACACGAUGUCCAGGAGUUUGCCCGGCAUUGGGUGAUUGUCAUUCGUGCUUGAUUCAUGGACAACCUGGCGGAGGAUGGGGCACCAAUGCUCGCGGUAAAAGUUCUGUCUCAAAUAAACUGAAUUUAGGUACAUGUACAUGGUGCGUUCAAAAUGCUCGAUGUCAUCACAAAGAUGACAAUUAUGGUGUGUGUGGCCUUCGAGAUGACACACCGUCUCAAAUACCUGGCUGGUGGGGACCAAAAGGCACAGAAAUCGCAAAGGUUGAAGAGUGUCGUGAAAUGGAUAAAAGACCUGGACUGACAUUUCUCACCUAUAAGCCGCCAGUCAACUUUACUCAACCGGACUCAGUGACCAUUGUUAAUGCUACUACCGUGGAUUUUAAUGUUCCUUCAAUGCAGGGUGCAAAAACUGAGUCUGCUCUAGGGGGGGAAAUGAUUGCCAGAUUGGUCGGUUUUUUGAGACCACCACAAUACUUUUGGGAGAGUGCAGUGGAGCAUUUGAAAAUAUGCGUCAGCUACAACAGUGCAACUCUUCAUGUUUCCAGGAAUGAUGACCCGAAGCAAUUGCAAUUAGUCGCUAAUUUGACUGCAGAAACAUCUCAGUGUAUUCCAACCAGAUGGCCUGAGGGACAAGACAUGAUGUUACUACCAGGACGCUACCUUCUAGAUUUUGAGUCGAAAAGAAUGGUAACAGCAAGUUACGCAUACGCCAGUAAAAUGGAAAUAACGCACAACAGAAAAACAGAAAAUCCAAAAGUGUUUACCUUCGAGUACUUGGAACCUUAUCAGAACGGAACUUGCAGUCAAUAUGAGAACUGUCUACACUGUUUGACCGAUUCUUCUUGUGGUUGGUGUGACAUCAGUGGUAAAUGCGUAUCUCGCUCAAUCAACGAGACGGAGAGUUGUACAUCCGACGUUGAGUUGGAUGAGAACGAUACACCAGUACAUGAUUGGCACUAUUUGACGAUAACACCAUCUACGUGUGCAAAUUGUUCCAACUACAUUUCCUGUGAGUCGUGCAUUGGAAGUCGCUUGUGUGAGUGGUGGACGGAGGAAGCCAGAUGCGCGAGAAUAGGAAGAUUACCUGAUGCAGUAGUCAGUUUAGAUCAGUGUCCCAUUCCCUGUAGACAGCGAUCAAAUUGUACACAGUGUUUGGAUGAACGUGGAAGAUGCGUGUGGUGCGAGGCAACACAAGAGUGUUUUUCAUUUUCCGUAUAUACAUCUGAGUAUCAAUUUGGUCUUUGCAGAGAGUGGACAGAUCAAGCAGGCCUCAUGGGUGUCACUUCACGGACGGGAUCGUCUUUAACUGGCAACGAUCAGUGUAAAAGUUGUAGUAGACACACCAAUUGUUCGAGUUGUUUGCACUCGUUAAGUUGCGGUUGGUGUUAUAGCUUAGAAAAUCCUAUUCUCGGUGCAUGUGUUCAAGGUGAUUUUAAUCAGGCACAUGUCAACUGUAGUUUGGUGAUUAAUGAGCAGAGUAAAAAUGGCACUUUGGAAGCUGACGAAUCAGGAUGGGCUUAUGCUCAAUGUCCAGAUGUCGAUGAGUGUGAUCUGGGGUUGCACGACUGUCAUUCAAACGCAAUAUGCACAAACACACAUGGUAGCUUCAGCUGUCAAUGUAAAAGAGGAUUUAACGGCGAUGGACGAGAAAAUUGUACCAAGACCUGCUAUGAGAAGUGUGUCAAUGGCUACUGCAGCGAAGCCCCAGAUUACAAAUGUGAAUGUAAUCUAGGCUGGACAGGACCUGAUUGCCGAACCAACUGCGGCUGUUACAAUCAUUCGACUUGUAUUCAAGGACCCGGCAUUUGUGAUGAUUGUCAAAAUUGGACAGAAGGCAGAUACUGCCAAGACUGCAAGGCUGGAAGUUACGGGAAUGCGACAACAAGAUUGGGUUGCAACAAAUGCGACUGCAAUGAGCAUGGCGAUGUUGAAUCGGGUACCUGCGACAGACAGACUGGAAUGUGUUUCUGUCGUGACAAUACUGAGGGUGAUAAGUGUGAGCGUUGUAUCCGUGGUUACUACGGAGAUCCGAAGAACGGGGGAAUGUGUUUUUACGGUUGCAUGUCUCGGGGUAUGCUCGAGGGUGAAGGAAAUGGAAAGCAGGGACUAGGAAGUCGUCACUCUCAAUUGUCGCUGUGGGAGACCCGUCUCGGUGGCUCACCAACGAGGGAAUGUCUGUGGAUCGUGAGUCCAAAAACAGGUUUAUCGCCGGAUACAAUGACACCGAGCGUUGAUAGUGUCAUUCAGUUCACGAUACAUGACGAUAUCAACGUCAGUUGCCAGGAAAACAGCGUUUACGUUUACGAUGGACUUCCCGAUUUUGUUUCGUCCACUACAAGCCAUCAGAGUCAACUGCUGGGUGUCUACUGUACAGAGAGUACGGAUUAUCCAGUGACUGUUGAGGCUAAGUCGGGUUUUUUGACGGUACACUACAAACAGCUUGAUGAGGUGGAAGGCUUUAAUGCGAGUUAUGUUGUAAUGACAUGUAACAACUGUCCCAAAAAUCGAGAGUGUAGAAGUGGCAACUGUUUGUGCAAACCCGGAUUCGUCGGUAUUAAUUGUGACGUGGAAUUGUGCCCGAAGAAUUGCUCAUCUUUGAAAAAACAGGGAAUUUGCGAUAAAGGUUAUGGGCACUGCGUUUGUGCCGUUGGUUACGGUGGACGAGACUGCUCGAUUAAAGUUAAGGAACACCAACUUGUUUUUACCGAAUUAUUCAAUUCUGAGUACUUGGCCGAGCACUUAGAUCACCUGCGAAAAACGUUACCGAGAUUUGGUCAUAGUCUGGUUGCAGACCGUAGAGGAAGUUUGUGGAUGUUUGGAGGAUACUCUCUGAGUCAUGGCCCAUUGAACGACAUCAGACUGUUUGACACUAAGAAUAGUACCUGGAUGCCGGUGACUGUAGAAUCUACUUCCGAAGCUUCUAUGCCUCAGGGCAGGUAUUUUCACGCUGCUGAGAUAGUACACAGUCGACAGCAAAUCUAUGUGUAUGGUGGACUGUCUAUGAAGGAGAACGGUGUUCAAGGCUUAUCCAAUAAUACUUUAAACGACUUUUGGAAAUUCAGUUUGCAGAAUCAACGAUGGAGUCAAAUUACAUGGUGGAGUCAAAAACCACCUGCUCUUGCCGGUCACACGUUAACCCUGCGGAGAGAGGGCGAGUCAGAAAGUUUAAUUCUUAUUGGAGGAUUCAGUCCAAAGCAUGGUUAUCUAGAGACAGUGUGGGAAUUUAAUCUGGAGACUGAUACGUGGGAUACAAUAAAGACAGUUGGAAACAGUCCAUUAGGCGUAUAUGGACAUUCAACCGUUUAUCACAGCAAGUCUGAUAGUUUUUAUGUAUUCGGUGGCUAUACAUAUGCCAUUAACAGGACAUUUAUAUCCAACAAAUUGUACGCUUUCAAUUAUAAAACGCGAAAAUGGUCUGUACUUCCACCAUUCGAUGACGAACACAUCCAUGGAAAUAAUUUGCCGCAAGCUCGAUUUCUGCACUCAGCAGUAACAACGGACGAAUAUAUGGUAAUAUUUGGAGGUCGUCAGAAUCCAUAUAAUACCUCUGAUGCUUUAAUAGCAUACAAGUAUUCCUGCAAUCUGUGGAUUCGUCUUAUAACAAAAGACAUGGAAGUCAUUGGAAUUCCCCCACCGCCAGCUUAUGCUCACGCCAUGACGCAUGCCGAUCCAGAAACAAACACUGUUUAUGUUGUUGGCGGAUUUGACGGUGGAAUCAAAAGUCACGUAACGCAAAUUAAUAUUCCCGAAGACCUAUGUAGUUUGUGGAUCGACAAGGUUUCAUGCAGAAAAUACUUUGGCUGUUCAUUUUGUUCAGUAACUACUAUAACAGGAUUGAAUGCAUCUUACUGUUUCUCUAACGAGGAAUUCUUGCAUAGAGAUGACAAGUGUGACAUUAAUGUAAGUCAGGCACAGCGAUCAAAUGGUGUUUUUUGCAAUUCGGAAUGGAUGGCUAAUCGAAAGUGUCAAAAUUUUAAAACUUGCAUAGAAUGUUUGGCAGAGUGGCCUUACUACAAAGACGACCAAUCAGCGUGUAAAUGGUGUCCUCACUGUCCUCAUGUGAAGUGCAUUCCUCGAGAAAAAGACUGUGAUGAGCCAAAUAACUGUAACUUGCGAUACAGUACGGUAACUGAUGUCGAUCAGUGUGGUGAAAGACAAUGUCCAGCUAGUGAUUGCGAAAAGUGCAACAGCCUUGGAGGCUGUAUUUGGACCAGACAAGUGUUAAAGACUUCUGAGGGAGGUAUCCAGGUAACAGGACAGCCAGUAUAUGAUUGGAAUUGUGUGUCCGAAGAUAUAUUUCGUCAAGCUAGUUUUGGUAAAGAAGUUGUUGGUUUUGGUAAAAAGAAGAUGAUGCAGUGCGAAAGUAGGUGUGGAGAUCAUAAAGACUGCACAAGUUGUUUAAAGGGUACAGGUGCCGAAGGUGGAUGGAGCGAGUGCAGAUGGUCGACUCAAUUGAACGAGUGCAUCUCUCCGUCUUAUCAACCACUUUAUUGUGCUGGCGGUGUGUGCGGAUUGGUUUUGCGAAGUACAGAUGUGGAGCACUGCCCUGAACCCUGCGCCGUUUUUAAACAAUGUAGCACUUGUUUAAAACAUUCGCACUGCGGUUGGUGUUCUUUAGAUUCAUCUAAUAUAACAGGACAGGGUUUAUGUAUAGAAGGAUCUCUCGAAGCACCCACAGAACAUCCGGCAGGAGGUACUUGUGAAAUGCUCUAUAAUCAGCAGUUUCCUCAGGCUGAUCGACAUCAAUCAAACAUUGUGACCACGUUGUCUACGCAGCAAAGAGAUUUACAGGUCGUCGAGGACGAUGUUACAAUGCUCUUGACGAAAACCACAAAUCAGACAAGCUUCUCUUGGCACUAUGUGAGAUGUCCUCCUGAAAAUGAAUGCAUGAAUGGUCACCAUACGUGUUCUCCAAAAAGUGAAAAAUGCUUCGACCUAGACGAAGGUUUCGAGUGCAUGUGUGGCGAUGGUUAUAAAACUGAAACCACAUGGUCCUUUAGCGAACUAGGAAGAAAAAUUUGCGUUCCAAUGUGUACGCAGGGUUGCGUUCGAGGAACGUGCGUUGAACCCGACGAGUGUCGUUGCGAUUUUGGAUAUGUUGGAGCAAAUUGUUCCAUUCAGUGUCAGUGCAAUGGACAUAGUAACUGUGCUGGUCCAGAUAAAUUAGAUAAUUGUUUGGAAUGUCACAACAAUACGAUGGGACCACAAUGUGAAAAGUGCAAACCCCUAUUUGUGGGUAAUCCAGCUGACAAUGGUCAGUGUGUGCCAUGUUUGGAAUACUGCAACGGUCAUACUCACAUUUGUAUCAACGAUAGUAUGACUGUGUCUGAUCCAAAUUCAAUUGAAAAGAUGUCGAUGGAUUUAUUGAAGAAACAAUUGGUCGAAGGACCUGUAACCAAGGCCAAAUGUGUUAACUGUGGAAAUAAUACAAAGGGAGAUAAAUGCGGUGAAUGCGUUUCAGGAUUCUUUAGAGGAACUGAAGAUCUCAGAGACGUUUGCAAACCUUGUCAAUGCCAUGGUCAUGGAUUUAUGUGCGAUCCAGUUACUGGCGAGAAAUGUAACUGUGGAAAUAAUACAGAAAGUGAGCCUUCGUGUAUGAGUGGUCCUACUAAGGGAACAAGUUCCGGAGGUACCCCGUGCUGGAUGGUUCAAUGCAGCAAAUGCCGAGAGAAUUACGCGGGCACACCAACCUCGGGACAUCAGUGUUACAAAACUGUCACCGUUGAUAAUAAAAUGUGCUUCGAUUCAAAAUUAAUAGACGAAUGUAAGUUGAAACCAAAGCCUCUAAAUCCGGGGCAAACGGUGUUCUACAUGGUGCAACCUCGUUUCAUGAAUGUCGACAUACGAGUAAUGGUUGACGUGACGCAAGGCGCCUUAGACUUGUAUCUUAGUCCACGUGAUGACUCGUUUGUAGUUACCUUAAAUUCUUCCACUGGAUACCAAGAGGUUAAGCUCGAUAAUAGAUUCAAAUGGAACAGAGAUUACCACGAUGGUUGGUCGGAAGAUUACUCGCACAAUAGAAUUAGAACUGUUGAUUUUCAUCUACAUCCAUCGUUCCACAUGAUACAAAAUGGAUCGACCGUCGAACCAGACUGGAAUACUGCACCUCAGUAUACGGUGAUGGAACGUUACGCGGAAGGUUUAGCUACCUAUGUUACAAUAGAAAAACGAAAUACAUUACUCGUGGUUAGAAAUCUCACCAACAGACUCGUAUUGACUUUGCCACAGGACAAGCAUGAAUUAGGGCAAACAAAGUUUCAUAUUGCUUUACGAGCCAUCGAUAUCCCCAGCCUUGAAAUCAACGGUAAAGCAGCUUACGGAAUGAUAUUUUUUCGACAAGAUCAACUGCACAUCGAUCUCUUUGUCUUCUUUUCUGUAUUUUUCUCCUGCUUCUUUUUAUUUCUGGCUGCAUGCGUAGUCGCUUGGAAGACUAAACAAGCGGCCGAUGUGCGAAGAGCUCGACGGAGACAUGUAGUGGAGAUGUUACACAUGGCCAAAAGGCCAUUCGCUUCGGCCACGAUUCUUUAUGAUCGCGACGGAAGGAAUUGCAGUCCAAGUUCACCACAGCGGAAAGGUAGGCGAAAUAAAGUCGUCAAUUUCCACAGUGAUGUUAGACCAGUGGCGGUAGAACCAACCGACGAUGGGGUCGCUGCUGUGGCCACAGUAUUUAUAAGACUACCAGGUGGCGGACAAGCUCCCGUAAAAUUGGCUCUUGGUAGUUCUUUGAUACUACUGACUAGAGUCUAUCCCGUAAAUAGUCGUGUCUUCUUAAGACGCAGAAACAGUCAUGCGGUCAAUUAGCUGCAUGUUGUCUACAAUUUGUAAAUAAUUAUGUUAAGAUCGAUGCGCUUUCCGAACAAUUUUUGAGCUUUAUUCAAGGUAAAGACACCAGUCAGUAACAUGCGGCCGGUGAGACACCCUGUUUGGAUUUGUUUAUUGACCAAUUUAAUUGAAAUUAAAACGUAAAUGAAGGCUUUGUAAAAAGAAGCAUAGCCGGUGGUGCCAUCUAAAUGCGCGCCUCUCGCGUAGAUAGAGUUACAAGUAGGGAGAGUGCUCAGGAAUACAACCGAGUCGGUGCAUCGUCGUCUGUCAAAACAAAUAUCGUUCAAAAUAAGGAAGUGGAAUAUCAGUCAGCAAAUUUGUGUUAUGAUGAGUGGUGCCUGGAGGGCAAAGGUUUGUAUAGUGAUACAUUAUAAGCAAUGAUAUAAACCAGUCAGAGAAGUCGUAAUAAAAGAAAACAGUGACAAGAUCAAUGAAAAUACAUUUUAAGUAGAAUCAGUCGUGUUUAGAGUGGAAAAAACCUUUAUUUCUGUUCAUUUUAAUGGGUUUUUUCUACUUUCCUUCGACUUUGAUGAUCAUUCUUAUCGCAAAAAUUGAUUAAAAGUGUGUUGAGUCGCGCGAACCUUUAUUUGAUACGAUAUGGACUCUCCAAUUCUUUAGAAAAGGCAUUUUUUUUAAUGAUCUAGAAGCAAAUCAUCUGCUAGAAAUUAAGCAGAAGACUUUCCAUUUUAAGAGUGGUCGCUGGAUCGGGAAACCGGGAAUUUUUUAAGACCGGGAAAAACAGGGAAAUGACAGUUAAUUUUUGUUUUGCCAGGAAUUUUACAAAUUUGUA